AAAUUAUUACUUAUUUCCUAUUAUUAGUGACGACCUGUGACAACCAACCCUACCCACAUACCCAAAAGAAAAAGAGAAAAAAAAAAGGAUAUGGAGUCCAUGCAACUUCUUCUCUCUCACCAGCACCUAAUUAGUGAAGUGGCACCAAGCUUUGGUGUUUUUGAGCCACUCACUUCCCAAACAUUGCUGUCUUUCUCGACCUUUCUCUUUCAUGCUUUUACAUCCAAAGACUCAACUUCUAAUAAUCUCUGAAUUAAAAGGUUAAAAAAAGCUAUAGUGUAGUCUCUCUUAUUCUUAAUUUGUCUCCAGUAAAUUCCCCUUCCUUGGGUGCCUUAAACUCCCACCAUAAUUAUUUGAAAAUCCCUUCUCUUUCUCCCUCUAUUUCUCUCUUUCUCUCAGUCUUUGCAGCCUCAUGGACGCAUUGUACUGUGUUGUCUUUCUCAAGUUCUAGUCCUUUAACUUUGGCUUUGUGGGGGAGAGAAGGUAAAAUGGACUUCUCUCUCUCUAUCUCUCUCGCCUACAUAAACUUGUUGCAAACUCACCAUCAACAACCUAUGUGUAUAACUCCUCAACAUCCAUAGACAAACAGUAUCAAGAGAAAUGGAAAAAAAAAGAUAUGGGAUUUGCUAGAAUCAUUGUUCUAGAUAAAGCUAAUUAGCAUCACCUUAUAUAUAUAUAUAUAUGUAUAUGCAUGUGUCAUUCUCAAGCUCAGUGUAGUUCUCCAGCUGCCUGCUUAAUUCUAUCUAGAGAACAGAAGGCUAGCUAGGUUUUGUUAGAUAUUGCCCAUUGUAAAUCUUCUUAAUCUACCUCUAGAUUCUUGAAUAUGUUUCUGUCAAGCAACAAUGGCAAUGACCCCAUCUACUAUAGUGAACAACAAGAAGGUUACUAUAGGCCCUUUUUCAAUGACAACAUCACUCCCAUUUCCAAACAUGAAGAAUCUCCUUUUUCUUUCUUUCACUCAUCAUCUCCUUUCCUUCCUUAUGAUCAACUAGAAUUGCAAGACCAUGAUGUUUUUCUCCAUCAAAGCCAUGACCUUUUACUUCAGCACCACCAGCCCUUGAUUAGGACUCUUGCUUCCACCACUGGUGCAGCACCAGCUGAGGCCAUUCUUGGGAUGGUGGAUUCUAACAAAAAUGAUGCUAUUAAGAAAUCCCACAACGUUUCUUCGGAUCAGAUCCCAAGAAAGAGAUCUUCCAAGAGAGAUCGCCAUAGCAAGAUUCACACAGCUCAAGGACCUAGAGACCGCAGAAUGAGAUUGUCUCUUAAAGUUGCACGAGAGUUCUUUGAUCUGCAGGACAAGCUUUGCUUUGAUAAAGCUAGCAAAACCGUUGAGUGGCUACUCAUACAGGCAAGGCCAGCAAUCAAGAAACUAUCUAGUGAUCUCCCCAAGUUGAAUUGCAGCUUCAGUGAUGGUACUAAGAGUGCAUCUUCUACUUCAGAGUGUGAAGUGGCGUCUGGAAUUGAUGAUGAGGCAGCUGCCAUGAAGGCCACCUCCAAGAUUUCUAAUGCUAAAGGCUCAUCGCUAUCAUGUGUUAACAAUAAGGGGAAAAAGGCUAAACAAUCGCGUAAAACUGCAUUCGACCCACUAGAAAGAGAGUCGAGGAGGGAGAAAGCAAGAGCAAGAGCAAGGGAAAGAACAAGAGAAAAGCUAUGGAGUCGAAGAAUCGACGAAUCAAAGCUAUGUGAAGAAGAAAAAAGCCAUGAAUUGAACCGAUUAACCUGCUGGAGUCCCUUUGAAACAGGUGAAGAAUCAGGCACCCUAACUCACACCAUGUACCCUAAUUCCUUGGAGAUGCUGGCUCAUGAGGUGCAACCACCAAGCUCACAUGUACAAGACCCAUUAGUAGCCACAGAAGCCAUGAUUGAUGAUUCAUUUGUGAUCAUGGGGAAGUGGAGCCCAUAUUCUUCCAUCAUCAAUCUGUACAAUACUGUGAUGCCCUAAGAGAGUUGCAAUCUUUCUUAAAGUCAUGGGAGGCUUAUAACAGUUGGAUGAUGAUAUGUCAAGUCAAGUGCAUAAAAGAAUUUGAAGAAAACUAUGUAUGGCUUCUCUUUUCUGUUUGGAACUAGUGUAAAAGAGAAGUGUAUGUGUAUCUUUCUUCCUGCAAUUUUCUUUUGAACUGUUUUUGUCAAUGAUUAAAUUGUUCAUCAGCAGUCU